UAUGUUUUGCGGCGGUCUUUGACCAAGCUCAGGAACUUCUCUGCACUGAUCUCAUCAUCAAUCACAGUGUAAUGGAUACCCUGGUUUGGUAGCAGGAUAAACAUGGAGACGCCUUCCUGUUAUGGCAGCUGUCUGUUUUUCAUUCUUCUCUACUUCUCCAACGGCGAGAUAGAGAACAUUUCCUGGAUGUUAGACGUUCUGCUGUCGUCCUCCAGGCGGCCUUCAGAGGCCAUCAUGCACGGACUCAAAUUGCAAAAAUGCACAAAGCCGCUGCCAUCAUUCAAGCUAAUUUCAGGAGACACAAACAGCAAACAGACUAUAAGAGACGAUGCUGGGCAGUGACUGUCAUACAGCAGAGGUUUAGAGCGCAGAAAUGUAAAGAACUUCAGGAAAAGCGUUACCAAGAUGUUAGAAGAGCCGUCAUCGUUCUUCAGGCUGCAUAUCGAGGAAUAAAGUCCAGACGAAUGAUCGGAAAAAGGCGAGAGGCUGCCAGCGUCAUCCAGAGCGCCUUCAGAGUCCACCGUGAACGGCAACGGUACCUGAAACUGAAAUCAUCCGCUCUCACGAUUCAGAGGAAAUAUCGAGCCACUUCAGAAGCCAAAGUGAUGAAGAACAGAUACUCGCUGAUGAGGAAGGCUGUCGUCACUCUUCAGAGAUGCUGCCGAGCCUGGAAGGAAAAACGACAGGUCCUGGAGGCAGCCCGGGCAGAGCAGAGACUCCAUUUUACGGCUGCGGUUUUCCAUCACCUCAGGCCAUAAAGAUCCAACGAGCCCUGAGAGCCCACUGGGCUUUGGAAUCAGCAAAAAGACAGAUCCAGUCGGUCGUUACCAUACAGCGUUGGGUUAGAGCGAGGCUGCAGAGGAGACGACAUCUGGAGGACAGGAGGAAGGUGGUGAUGGUCCAGAGAGUGGUCAGGCGUUGGUUAGCGCGCCGCAACAAAGCCGCCGCCGUCAUCCAGGAGUGA